CACUAGCCAGACAGAAAUUUAUAUAUAUGGCUGCAACUGCAAAUACAGUCAGUCAGCUCAGAUCACGUAGAACAUUUCCAGGUUUCAGAUAGAGGAAGAGAGACAGACAGAGGUGAUGAGCAGCUCAUCAGGGCUAGUGGAUUGGAGGGGGAGGCCGGUGGACACCCGGAAGCAUGGAGGUGUAAGAGCAUCCAUUUUCAUCCAUGCGAUGGUGCUCCUGACCAACGCGCCCAACAUCGCCAACGUCUUGAACAUGGUGAGCUACCUCCGGGCCACCAUGCACAUGGGUGUCGCGGAGGCGACGACGACGGUGACCAACUUGUUCGCCGCGUUGCAGGUGUUCUCCAUCCCGGCGGCCCUCCUAGCUGACUCAUACGUCAAACGAUUCUACACCGUCAUCCUCUUGGCUCCCAUCGAGAUCAUAGGUUACAUCGUUCUGGCGCUUCAAGCGUACACCCCCUCGCUGCACCCGCCGCCGUGCAACCCGGCGGCCACAACGGCAGCGGCGAGCACCACCUGCGAGCCGGUGCGCGGCGCAAACCUGAGCCUGCUGCUGCUGGGCCUGUACCUGGUCCCGAUCGGCGACGGUGCGAUGAAGGCGUGCCUGCCGGCUCUGGGCGGGGACCAGUUCGACCCGGCCGACCCGGACGAGCAGCGGCAGGAGGUGAGCUUCUACAACUGGUACACCUUCGCCGCGUCCACCGGCGGUUUAGUCGGCCUCGUCUUCAUCGUGUGGGUGGAGAACAGCAAGGGCUGGGGCAUCGGCUUCGCCAUCUGCGCCGCCUUCGUCUUGCUCGGGUUGCUGGUCUGGGCCGCCGCCUUCCCGCUCUACCGGAACCGGCUGCCGACGGGGAGCCCCAUCACAAGAAUAUUGCAGGUUUUUGUAGCGGCAUUCAGGAAAAGAAACGUCCGCUUGCCGGAGGACCCCAGCGAAUUGAAACAAAUCAACCAGGAUGAUGAUAACAAUGCCCUCGAAGUUCUCCCCAGAACAGAUGGAUUUGGGUGCUUGGAGAAAGCAGCAGUCAGGACUGGUAAUGAUGCUGGUGCAUGGUCGCUGUGCAGCGUGAACCAGGUGGAGGAGACCAAGAUCUUGCUACGCAUGGCACCCAUCUUCGCCGCUGCCGUUCUCGGCUACAUCCCUAUGCCGCUCAUCCUCACCUUCACCGUGCAGCAAGGCAGCACUAUGAACACCAAGCUCGGAUCCGUCCACAUAUCGCCAGCGACAUUAUUCCUGAUCCCAAUCAUUUUCCAGCUGGUCAUCCUCAUUCUCUAUGACCGCGUCAUCGUGCCACCUCUCCGUAGGCUCACCGGCUAUGUCGGUGGUGUCACCCACCUCCAGCGGAUUGGCGUCGGUUUCAUUGCUACCAUCAUGGCCACCGCCGUCGCUGCGGUGGUGGAGAUAAGGAGGAAGUCUGCCGCCGAUGAGAGCAGCCUCGCGGACGGCACCGCCGGGAUCCCGUUAUCUGUAUUUUGGUUGACACCACAAUUCUUCCUCAUUGGCAUCUUCGACGUCACCUCCUUCGUGGGGCUCCUCGAGUUCUUCUGCAGCGAGGUGUCUAUGGGAAUGAAGUCCAUCGGUAGCUCCAUCUUCUACUGCAUCCUUGGCGUGUCGGCGUGGCUCGGCAGCCUGCUCAUCCAGGUCACCAACCGUGUCACCCGAAGAGGCGGUAAAGGCAAUGGCGGCAGCGGAGGAUGGUUGGAUGGGGCCAACUUGAACAAUGGCAAGCUCGAGAGGUUCUACGUCGUCCUCUGCAUCAUCGAGGUGGUGGCACUGCUGUCCUACGUAUUCUUCGCGAGGAGGUACGUGUACAGGAAUGAGCAGAAGGUGGUGACCCAAGGAGGGACUAUGUGUGACACUGGGAAUGGUGCCGAUAUGAUCUAAUCAUGAAAUAUGUUGUGUUUACAUUUACGUGGGUGUAAUAAUUUGUACAAUAAUUUGUAGGAACAGGAGAAAUGGAAGGAACUUUAUUACUCUAUUCAAUAAAGAGACAUCAUUAUCAA